GUAACACGUCUCUCCUCUGUGUUUUAUUGAUGCAGGUGGAAUCUUCCAGCCUUGGGCUGCCUGGGAAUGACAUCUGUCCUGUAGGGCACUUCUGCCCCAGUGGUACAGAGUAUCCCGUGCCCUGUCCUCCUGGCUCCCUCUCCAGCAUGGUGGGGCUGGAGGCAGAGGGGCAGUGCCAGCCCUGCCCGGCUGGACACUACUGCAGCGAGGCAGGACUGUCUGAUCCAGCCCAGACCUCGCCGUGUAACGCAGGGUAUGUUUGCCUGGAAGGAAACUCUGCUCCCUGGCCUUCUGAUGGGAUUCAUGGAUACAGAUGUCCCAGUGGCUUCUACUGUCCUGCAGGCACUGGGCUAGAGCUGCCCUGUGAGCCUGGCACAUUCAGCCCCGUGCCUGGGGCAAGUGCCUGCCUGCCUUGCCCUGCUGGUAUGGCCUGCAGCAGUGCAGCCACUGUCAAGCCACUGAGCUGCCCCAGAGGUUACUACUGUCCAGUUCAGACUGCUGUCCCCCUGCCAUGCCCCGAGGGGACACUGAACACCUUGGAGGGGGCAUUGGCCCCCAGCGCCUGCAAGCUGUGCCCAGUGGGGAGGUACUGCAGAGGAGAUGCCAACUGGGAACCCGAUGGUCUUUGUUCAGCUGGCUAUUACUGCGAAGGAGGAGCCACUGAUGCCAUUCCACGUGAGACACCUGCAUUCCCACUCAGUGGGCCUUGCCCACUUGGGCACUAUUGUCCAGAGGGCACUCAUUUCCCAGUUGCCUGCCCAGCUGGAACCCUGAACAAUGCCACGGGUGGUGCCUCCCCAGAGAGCUGUGUGCCAUGCUAUCCUGGUUCUUUCUGUGCUGGUGUUGGGUUGAGUUCUCCAACAGGACCUUGUGCUGAGGGGUUUUACUGCCCAGAGAACUUCAGCUCCGUCAGCCCCACAGCGUUCCUCUGCCCUAAGGGUCACUUCUGCAGCUCAGGGGCAGCCCACCCAACACCGUGCCCUGCUGGGGAGUACCAGCCAGCCCGGGGCUCUGCAGCCUGCAUUCCAUGCCAGAGAGGAUUCUACUGCCAGGAGCUGGUGGCAGGAGACCCCAAGCGCUGCCCCCCACAUUCCUACUGUCCUGCAGGCACACGGGUUCCUCUCACAUGUCCUGAAGGCACCUUCACUCCUGCAAAUAUGACUGGCCUAUGGAGUGAGAAGGAGUGCCUGCCUUGCUUACCUGGUCACUACUGCAGGCAUGGGUGGCUGCAGGGGAAAUGUGCUGCUGGAUACUUCUGCCUUGCUGGGAGCUCCCAAUCCACUCCCCAGGGCCACAGCUUCUCCUGGCACUUGCUGACUGGGUGCCACUGGGGUCAGGAGUGUGCAGGGCUGUGUCCGGCAGGUUUCUACUGCCUGGAGGGAUCUGAGGUACCGACACCAUGUCCUGCCAAUACUAUUAGAGAUGUUCCAGGAGCUGUGAAGAGAGAAGACUGCCUCCCCUGUCCACCAGGCCACUGGUGCAAAGCAGGGGAUUCAGAGGCCUAUCCAUGCCCAUCAGGACACUAUUGCUUUGGAGGCAAUGGCAGUGAGCACAGCAGUCUCCUGGCACCUCAGAAAUGCCCUCCACAAACCUACCGCAAGCUCCCAGGAGCUCAGAGCCUGACAGAUUGCCAACCAUGUCCUCCUGGCUAUCACUGCCCAUUAUCAGGUCUGACCAGGUUUGAGGAUUAUCCUUGCCCCCCUGGAUACUGGUGCCCAGGUAAAGGGGAUGCUUUCCUUUGUCCAGCUGGCACUUCCAGGAUCCAGCCUGGUGCAAAAUCGUUGGAAGAGUGUGAUCCCUGCUCACCUGGAUACUACUGCCCGGAUCCAGCACAAACAGGGCUGCCUAACACCCAGGGAAUACCUUGUAAACCUGGCUAUGAGUGCCCAGCAGGUUCAGUAAAUCCAAAGCCUUGCAGGCCUGGCCUGUACUGUGGUGCUCACACAGCCGUGCCUUCCAUGUGCCCUGCUGGGUAUUACUGUCCUGAAGGAUCAUCAACAUACAAUAGCCCUGAGCAGCUGUGUGUGUUUCCCUACUACUGCCCCCCAGGCAGUGCCCAUCCGCUGCCCUGUGAAGGAGGGUACAUGGCCCUCAGCUUGCCUGGUCCAAGGGAUUCAUCUGAGAAGUUCUGCAGGAUCUGUGAUGCAGGCACCUACCGGAGUGACCCCCUCAUCAUGGCACCCUGUCAGCCCUGCCCUGCAGGCUUUAUCUGCCCACAAGGCAGUGAGAGUUACCACAAGAAACCUUGUCCCAGUGGCCACUACUGCCCUCCCCUGGCAUCUGCCCCUCUGCCCUGUCCCCCGGGGACCCAUGGGAGCAGCAGCUUUGCGAAGCACAUAGAGGAUUGCCAGGCCUGUCCUGCUGGCACCUUCAACCACCUCCCUGCUCAGGCUGCCUGCUUCCCCUGUGGCAGCUCUUCCUCCUCUCAGCCUGGUGCAACCAGCUGUACCUGCCAUGGGCUGAACCGGGCUUUCCAGCAGUCAGAUGCCUCCUGCAUCUGCCAAGCAGGUUACAUUUACUAUGAUGAGAGAGGCAAGACAGACCCCGACAGCAACAGCGAUCAGGAUUGCCGGCCCCAGGUGGAUGAGCUCUGUGCUCCUGGAGAGGUCCGGCUCGCAGCCACGCGCCACUGCGUGCUUCCCGAGCGGUACGACUGCUCCCCUGCCUGCGGGCCUGCCGGGGGAGAGGUGAAUGCAGAGCUGGGCAUAUGUCACUGCAAGCAGUAUGUCUCUGCUGAAGAGCUGUGUGACCAACUGUGUCUGCUGAGAGCCCCACGCAUCUCCUUGGGAUUUGGCAUUAAUAGAGAGCUGCUGCUCAAGAUGAAUGGAGGAGAAGUGUGGGAAGUGGCAAAUGUUCUGGGCCCAGAUGAACACGUGCAGAAAAGCCAACGGGUGCAUUUGGUUCUGUUCAGUCCCAGUGGAGUGCUGGGUUUCAUUGUCUCCAGCACAGAUGUUCUGGAUGCAUUUCUCACAGGAGACUUUUCAUCACAUCAGUUGCUACAGAAAGGUCGUCGAGUCCAGACGGCUUCCUCCACAGAUGCCCCCACCUUGCCCCUCGUUCCUAACCCAGUAGUAUGUCUGGAAGCAGGAGACACGAUCCUUUUCCAGCUCAGCAUCAAUUCCCACAAUCGUGCAUCCAGCCAUUACCCUGUCUAUCAGAAGCAGCAUCUCUAUAACAGCAACCCAAGCUGGGAUUUUGGAGCCUUCCGAAGGCUGGACCACCUCAUCCAGGAGACUCACCUCAACAUCUCGUGGUUUGCCCAUGUUUUCCUGGAGUCUGGGACAUACGUUUUCAGGGAUAGGACCAUUCAGGAGCGCUUCCUGAUCGUGACUGUGAACGAAGCAAACGUUCGUUGUGACCCCCGAGAUGUGUCCUUCCAGCCCUCUUCUCUGUUCCAGCUGGCCAGACAUGGGGCUCUGAAGCAACAGGCCCUGAACUUGGCUCCUAACUGGGCCACUAUCACAGUGGUCCUCUUUGUUCUGGGCUCCCUAAUUGUGGUGCUGGCAACCCUGGCUGUAGUGCUCCAGCCCGCUGUGCCCAUCAUCAGCCCCCUGAAGAGCUGGAAGCCACGAUGGAGGAGUCUGGGCGAGCCACACAUCCCACCAGAGUACAUCCUCCUCAAAGACAGCCUUCAGUUCUAUCAGACAGUCGGUCCUCGUGCUUCUGGAGAAGAUGCUGGCUUUGAAGAGAAGGGAGCUGUGCAGAAUGCAGAAGAGCAUUUGACACGGAGGGUUCUGGAGGAUUUCAGUGUUCGCACUCUCUACGAUAAGCUGGAAGAUCAGAACUUGCAUCUGGCAUCUCAGCUGGCCAAGCACAGGAUGGACGUGCUGGUGUUCUACAAUGGAGUCAGCCAGCAGAUUCGGAGUCUCAUGGACAUGCUGCAAGCACUGGACUCUGAAGACCUGAAAAUCUUUGCCAGGCAAAGGGCUCAUGAGCAUAAACCUGCAGACAGCAGUAGGGCGGCAGCGUGUGCUGAACAAUGUGAUGGACGCUGUGGACACGACUUUCAAGCAGGUGCUCCAUGGCAAGAGGCAACAGAGUUAAUGAAAGCUCUGGAGAUGCUGCUGGGGAACGCUCUGUAUAAGAACAUGCCCCUGAAGCGGGACAUGGAGCAGAAGGUCCAAGGGCAGGAUGUGGUGGCAGUUGUGCCCUCACUGGACAGCCUGGCCAGUGAAGGUAAAUCAGAAGGAAUGGAAGGGCAGGAUCAUGAGCUGCCUCAGCAGUGGGAGCUCUUCAGUGGGAAAGAUGCUUUUUUCAGCUUCCCUGGACAUGAAGAACACGGUUUAGAUGUCCAGUUGGCUUAUCUGACCGAGUUGGAGGUGGAGAGCCUGAUAGCAGCUUCUCCCCUUGCCAAGACUCUGUGUGAGAUCAAGCAAGCUUUGGUGAACCUGCAGCAACCUUCAGACUUUGUUAAUGCAGGAUGCAGCAUCUGAGGAACAGCCUCAUCCCAGGACCUGAGCCCACAGCUCCCAGGGAAACUUGAUGGGGUUUUGCCUACUUAAAGCUCCACUUCUCUAGUUCUGUCUUUAUACUGUAGUGUUUUGUAUGUGGAAGCUUCUAUUAAAAGCCUGUGCACUGAC